UUCCUGUUUUUAUUGUCAGUGACGUAAAAUAUUGUGGCUAGUGCGAUAAACUUUCAUAUUUUAUUUAUGUAUAUUUUUAUAUAAAGAAUGUUGUUUGCAUAGCAAAACAAAUGGCUGUGGUUAUAUUUUAAUUAGCCAGUGAGAAAAGAGAAAUAUUAGCUGAAACUUUACUUUGUCGUAACCGGAACUGACGAAAAUACAGAAAAGUUUGGACGUUAGCAACUUGGCCGGCUGGUUAGGUCAAUAAACUUGUGAUAUUAGCUCACAGUCUCAGCAAAUAGCUGUGUUUGGUUUGCUAGCUAAAUGAAACAAGGCUUGUAUCACUGUGUAAACAUUAAACGUGAUUAGUAAGGUUAACUAGCUUGCUAGCUGCAUCUGUGCUUCUGCUUUCUGACAGUUUCCUGUUUGAAGAAGCCUGAGAAGUUGUGAAAGACAGUAAAAUGGACUCUGAGGUGUCUGUGAUGCUUCACUGUGCUCCAGCUCAGGGCUUUGAAGAGCAUCAAGUACAAGUAGAGAUAUCAAGCAGGUUCAACCGCAGAAGUGGUCCUGAGAUUGAGAAACAUAUAGAGGCGGUGUGGAGUGAGCGGGUGACCAAAGAGCCGUGGCUUUUCAAUGGGGCGAAAUUCAGACUGCACUCAGCAGAGCUGUCCACAACCCCUCCUCAGACCUCUAUGAACUUCUGCACCAAGGCACAAACCUUAAACUCCAAACCAGCCGAGGUGGACAAACAGCUUGGAAACCAUUCGGCACUAAAUCAUAUUUCUUUACACUGCGCUGAAGGAGAGCGUGCCUGUCUGACAGAAACGCACACCUCGUCAGUUAAUGCAAAAAGCGAGAAGAGCAGCUGCUGUAGAGAAACUGGAGGACAACCCCAGAAAGAUGCAAGAGCCUCAGAAGCGAAUGGAGUGAUCCUCCGAUUGCAGCUGGGUUUGACGUGUUAUAAAGACUUCCUAGGGACCAACUGGUCACAGGAGGCUGUGAACCUGCAGCAGCGUGGACGGCUGGAGGUGGGAGAUCCUCAGGCUCUGCUGGCGCAGCCUCUCGGCGUCGGUGCCGUCCUGCUUACCUCAGAUGGACAGGUGGUGAUGCUGAGGAGGAGUCAGAGAGUCGCAGAGGCAGCGGGGCUCUUAGACAUACCCGGUGGGCAUCCUGAGCCUAAGGCUGUGUGUGAGGGGGUGAGUGAGGAGGACAUCAGCGUUGACCUCAUGCAGGGCUGUGAGAGAGCUGUCGUGGCGGAGAUCUUCUCCUCUGUGUGUGCCGAGGUCAGGGAUGAGGUAAAUGUUCCACUGGGUUUUCUCAGCGCACCUGUUCUGAUGGGAAUAGCACUAAACCACACCAGCGCAGGACGACCCAGCGCUGAGUUUUUCAUCAGGUGUUCUUUGACGAUGGAGGACGUGAAGGAUUUUUAUUGGCGUGGAGGCCCUGAAGCUCACGAGUCUACAGAUAUAGUGUUUCUGAGUAAAUCGGAGAUGCUGCAGUUGGACGUGAAGUCGCCCUUGUGGUCAGAGCUGUGUCCGUCAGCCAAAGGAGCAGUGCUGCUGUACCAACUAGUGAGACCUGAUUAGUGUUAAAGACAGCACGGCACGUGUGUUGGUUUGUAAUGCUCAUAAGUGUUUCCAGGUCUCGAAUAAUCAUUAAUAAUUUCAAAGAUAUCUUAGAAAACUGUGAUUCACAACAUUGCCAUGCUAUGGAACUGGAAAGUUUUCCUGUUUCAGGCUCCUGUUUACAUUUUUCCGAUUACAUUUCCCCAGUCUGAGCGGAACAGCUGGAGCUGGCUAGAGCCAAACUGAAGGCUUGAUAUGUUUAUAGAAAUUGUUAUUCAACUUCUCAGGCAGAAGAGGGCUUGAAAAUGACAAACUGUUCCUUUAUUUUUAAAAUUGUAAAAGGUCUGAGAUCUGUUUAAUGUAUACAGUUUUUUUUAUAUUUUCUAUUUUUAGAGCUUAAUAUAUUUCGCAUAAAAGGUUUAUGAAUUUAUUUUUAAGAUCUGAAAUGUGACCAUUUUUAAUGACAAUUUCACAUGUACUUUCAUGGAAUUGAAUAAAACACAUUUUGUAUGAACGA